AUGACCGCGUCUGGUGAAAGUCGCCUUGAGAAGGCGAAUAAGAAGUCGCCAUUUGUACAGAUAAUGCAGCUGGCCAUUCCUAACAUGAUCAGCUUCCUCGUCAUGUACUCUAUAUUCGUUAUUACCAUCUUCUUUGUAUCGGCCACCAAUGAUUCCCAUAUGCUUGGCGCGAUUGGUCUCGGAUCAGUUAUCCAGAACGUGUUCGGAUUUAGUAUUGGAGUUGGACUCAUGUCUGUUCUAGACACUCUGGUCAGUCAGGCAGUUGGUGCUGGGAAUCCUCAUCUCGGCCUCAUCUACUUCAAUCGUGCACGUAUUGUCGGCACUAUCGCCUUCGUUCCUUGCUUCAUAAUCAUGUUCUACACUGAACCUAUCCUCCUUUGGAUGAACCAGGACCCUCUCACGUCUAAGCUUGCGGCGGAGUGA